GCAAGGCAACAACUAAUCCGAGAGAGAAUAAUAUGGCCAAUUUCCUCAUCAAAGGCACAUCCAUUCUCUCCCUAGCAAUGUUGUUGUUGUUGUUGUUGCAUCCUGAAAUGGCCUUCUCAUCCGACAUUGAGAUCGACGAGGACGAAGAGUACGUCCUCGACAGCCCCAUUCCAAACGCCGGCCGCUCAAGAAGCCGGUUCUUAACGAGCAUCAUAAAGAAAGGCACACAUUGCGACCCUGUCAAGUACAACAUAUGCAAUGGGGUGAAGGCCAACCAAGGGAAGAGCCUGCUCUACUGCUGCAAAACGCAUUGUCGUAACGUCCUAGGCGACAGGAAUAAUUGCGGAAAAUGUGGCAACAAGUGCAAGCUUGGCGAGCGUUGCUGCGGUGGCCGUUGCACAAAGGUGUUGUUUAAUCCCUACCAUUGUGGCAAGUGCGAGAGACAGUGCAAGGGUGGAGUUCCUUGUGAGAAUGGAUAUUGUGGCUAUGCAUAAUUAAACAAUGUAUACACAGUACUAUUUUAUAUAUCGUUUGAAACAGGCGGGAUAAUAUAUAUUAUGGUCAGUUUCUUUUUUU